UUCGUCUUCCCUGAGGUGGAACGGGAACUUGCAUAAACUGUUGUUAUCAAUUCGGACCUCGACAGGUUUUACACCGCUUGUGCUCACGAGUGUAUGUACAUCCAAGUUCAACUCGGUUGAUCUAAUCGCGAGCAUUCUCCGCCAGUUCACUUGAGGCUCAGCAUCAACAACUAGUCACUUUGAACGUACCUAACUAAAUCUUAACCAUGCGUCGCGGAACUUUGUCGAUUCUUAUAUUGCCGGCCAUUAUUGUGUCGUGCUUGGCUCAAAGUGUCAAUUUCGCGGACAAUCUUCAGAUUUGCAUCAAGGGUGAAAACUUUGAAGAGGUGGGCAUCAACAACUGUCUGAGAUCCACUUUGGAAGAAUUGAGAGGCACCAUGAGGUCAGGACUCCCGGAGCUCAACCUGCCCCCUUCAGAGCCGCUUCAAAUCAAGAACAUCGAAUUCAGCUCCAAAUUGGCCUUUGUGAAUGUGGACUCGCAGUUUUCAAGCGUCACCGUUGUUGGCUUGAUCAAUUUCGAGACUCGUCGAAUUGCCGCAGAUUUGAUCAAUCGCAAGUUGUUCUUGGACAUUUUUGUGCCCAGCUUGGAUAUUGAUGGGAACUAUGCCAUUGAUGGCAAAGUUUUAUUCGUUCCCAUUGGUGGCAAGGGAACUUUCACCACUAAGCUCCAAGCUGUGUCUGGUGUUGGAUCAGCGAACAUUGUCCCCGUUGGUCCUCCUGGCAACCAGCGCCUCACUAUCGCCAACACAUUCCUGGAUUUUGAUGUCAAGGCCGUUCAAGUUCAGAUGAACAAUCUGUUCAACGGGAACAGUCCUGAACUUGCCAAGGAAGUGAACAAGGUGUUGAAUACCCAAAGCGACCUGAUCAUUAACGAAGUCAAGCCCCAACUUCGAGAGCGAAUGACUCAACUAGUGGAGAAAGUUAUGAACGAUGCAUUUUCGAAAAUCAACGCCAAUGACUUCAUUUUGAGCAUCGAAGAGAAAAGGGCCUCCUCCUCAGGUAUCGGUUCUGGCAGUUCUGUGCCCAUUCCUAGCCCAGCUCGCCAGCGACGAGGUCGUUUCCUCUCCGAAUUGCGCAAACUCCCCAUUCUUGGCUGAAAUGGCAUUCCCCCAAGACCAAAGUGACACAAAGUGAUCUUUCAUGAACUAAUCCAAUUCCUACAGCUAGCCAUUCCCACAAGCGAGAUUGAUUGGGGUUUCCCUUCCUUCGAGGAGGCAAAGUUAAGUUAUCUACCUACAAAUUCUGAAACUCUGACCUAAACCAUCCCGAAUUGGUGAAGCAGAGUGGUUUUCCCGCACUUCUACGUUAAUGACCAAGGGCACUGUACUCGUUGGUCUGCGCAAAGCAAAGCUUGACCAGACUUGCUACCCUGUCUGUACAGGAAGUAAUCUUCCAAUCUUGAUGCCGUUGUUCUUCCUCCUUCUCCCAAACAUUUGGUUAAAAUCUGGUCGCCUUCAAUCCAUCUGUAAAUUGAUAUACAGAGUUCUUUGAACGGAUCUGCCCUUGGAGUUUUCUGUAGUGUAACAGUAAGGUGAAGAAUCGAUUGUCCUGAUCUGUGCCAAUAUUCUGUACCUGUACUUUGAUUUGUUCGCACUUCUAUACAAACAGUAUCUCUCAGUAAGCCAAUGUUACAAAUGUUAAUCGAAUGGUUGUAAAAUUUAAUAAACGUGAGCUGAUCCUAA